AUGGCAAAGCGGCUUAGUACCAGUACCUGGAGAAAAAAGCCUCCUAAACAUAUGGCUAGCAACUGGUUCACCAGGAGUACGCAAGAAAGGCAAAAGCACUACGAAUUAUUGAUUUAG